AUGAAGUCCGCCACAGCGCUCCUCGUCGCGGCCGCCGCAGCGUCCUCGGCGAAUGCCUCGCCGCUCGAGGCGCGCCAGAGCUGUCCGGGCGUGCACGUCUUUGGCGCACGCGAAACCACCGCGCCGCCGGGCUACGGCACCUCCCAGAACCUGGUCAACAUGGUGCUGCAGUCGUACCCGGGCGCUACCUCGACGGCCAUCUCGUAUCCUGCCUGCGGAGGACAGUCGUCGUGCGGAGGCGUCAGCUAUGACAACUCUGCCAACCAGGGCACCGCAGCCGUGGUCCAGGCCGUGACCAACUUCAACCGGCAGUGCCCGAACACAAAGAUUGUCCUGAUCGGCUACUCGCAGGGUGGGCAGAUCAUGGACAACGCCUUCUGCGGUGGGUCCAGCGGAGGCACACUCUCCGGUUCUGCCCUGGCUGCCGUCAAGGCGGCCAUCUUCCUCGGAGAUCCACACAACAGGAAUGGUCUCCCCUACAACGUCGGCACGUGCCGGGCGCAAGGCUUCGCCGCUCGCCCGGCCGGCUUCCAGUGCAGCCCUGGCAACCCGUCGCUCAUCCAAUCAUACUGCGAUUCGACAGACCCCUAUUGCUGCAAUGGCAACGAUGCGAACUCGCAUCAGCAGUACGUGAACAAGUACGGAAGCCAGGCGUUGAACUUCAUCAAGAGCAAGCUUGGUUGA